AUGGCUGCAGUUGAUCCAGAAUCGCACAUCAAGUCGCUCCUUGUGCGCGAGCGCUAUUAUCGAGACUCCUGCCAAUGGGAAAAGCUCCGAGCGGCGUACCACCCUGAUGCUAGUCGAACUCGCAUUGACAUUAGCUGGUUUCAAGGUGACAUUGAUGGCUUUGUCAAUGGCUCCAAACAGAUGUCGAAGGGUGGAACUAACGCGAUACACACCAUUUGCCCUAUUGAGGUUCAUCUGAACGGCAACAAGGCCCUGUCUGAAUCGACAGGGUCUAUCUCCAUACGCUUCAAUCAUGACGGACAUCAGUAUGACUGUGUCUCCCAUACUCGCUUCGUUUCCCGCCUAGAAAAGAUUGGCUCCGAAUGGAAGCUACUGACGCUCGAAGCGAUCUACGACCGCGAUUAUAUCAGGCCUGUGCUACCAAUGCUGGCCACGACGCUGCCUCUCUCUUUGCCCACUUGGGGGAGGGAGAGCUACAAGUGCAUUGCCUGGGUCCUGUCCCAGAAAGGCUUCACCAUUCAGCAGAAUCUUCCUGGGUUGGACCAACCCUCGAGUUGUGAGGAGUUCAUGAAUAAGUCCUUCGCAUGGCUUGGCGAGGUUGCUCAAUAG